GCCUCAUGACCAUACGUGGCGUUACAAUUGAUGAAUAUUUAGAAAGAUCUAAUUUCGAAUUUGCAGGAAAUGUAUUAGCUGAAGUAUGGAGUUCAAUGGAAAUUGAUGGCUAUAAUGUUAAUGCAAAAUAUGUUGGGGCAGGUGAACAAGAUCUUCCUGAUUUUCCAGACAUUAAAUGGUAUUCAGAAAUGUGCGUGAGAGCCAAUACUUGCUUCAAAUUGUAAAAUGUAGCAAUACAGAAUGCUGUCGUCCAAGAAGUGGCCUAUUUGGAUUACUAGACAAUAGGUUUCUUCCACCACCUGUAAAAGGAAAACAAACAGUUGAUGACUUGGUUUUGGAUGAAGGAGGAAAUCGUGGGGUCAGCUGGAGUAACAAUAGACAACUCAUGAGGUGCAUCGCUUGUAGGAAUCCGAAAUGCGUCCUGCCUAACAGAUGUAGCCUCAAAAGGGACCAGAAGUCCGCCCCGUCAGGAAGUUCAUCAGGUUUAAAUGGAGUCGAUAGCCAUGGUGAUAUUCCAGAUCCAGAAUCACCAAAGAAACGAAAGGAUCCCUUAAACUGUGAUAAUACUUCAUUUACUGUACUUCGUCUUCAAAUCUUGCCGUCGUGUACAUUUUUCUCUAGCAUCACAAGUAGCUUGCAUGUUGGUUCUGAACCAGUGAGAUCUACCAUAAUGGCGAUUACACAAUUUGCAUCCGAGGUGUUAGCUGACCGUGGUCAAGUUGUCUAUUCUAAAGCGUUUGAUAGCUCUAUAACUGAAGCAUUAUCUGUUGAGCAGGUAAGGACUGCUUCUGAUUCUUCUAAACGGGCAGCCAAGGUUGACUAUUUACCAGUAACGUUGCCAGGUAAAGGGCAGUUUACACUAGCAUAUACCGCUUGCGUAAAAAGGGAUAGCCAGAUUGUGAGAAAACCACCAAAUCUGUCGAGCCUACCGCAACCCCAUAUGCUAGCUACCCGACGGAUGGCAACACCGCAGUCACAGAAGGCGGUCGAAAUCCGGUGGGUUUGUUGUUGUUAUGUUGGUGUUGGUGUGUGUAGGGUAAAGUGGAAUCGGAACCGCAAGAAGAAUGAUGGAGGGAAGAGGAUAGAGGAGGGUUUAGGGGUGACACAAUGUGACUGCCAGAGGGAGGAUAUCAACGGGAGAAAAGUCGGAAGUCUGACGCCUAUUGGUGCUAUCGACUGCACCCAUGUACCUAUUCUGAAGCCGUUUAUUCAUGCAGACGAAUAUGUGAACAGAAAGAACUUUGCUAGUAUAAAUGUACAAGCAACGUGCAAUUCAAACGAAGAGUUCACAAGUGUGGAUAUUUCUUGGCCAGGAUCUGUACACGACUCUCGGAUAUGGAAGAAUUCUGAUAUAUACAAUGUUAUGAAAUGGAAUAGGGCUAGUGCUGUUUUGUUGGUAUAG